GACGCAGGCGAUCAAGAACCUCGGCCUCGGGAGAGGCAAUUACAGAGUCAAUUGGGGCUUAUCCUCUUUCCGUAUUCCGUCACUCUUACAGUCGGCCAAAAUUUAAACUACCACCGACCGUCUCUUCUUUCACUAGGGAACGCGCAAGCUUUUACCCGUCUCGUUCAGUCAGUCUCUCUGGCUAUGAAGUUCGACGUGAGCCAUGUUGGGGGCGUAGAGAACUGCUAUGUAUCUCUCCCUCUUCAACUCAUCCAAACCCUAGAGUCCACGCGCUCUGGGUCGCUUCCUCAGGUACUAUGUCUUGAGCUCCGUAGUCUAUCUAAUGAUGGCAAGUGGGUCAUGGCUUGGUCCGGUGCAACGUCCUCUUCGUCCGCGAUUGAGGUUGCUCGACAGUUUGCGGAAUGCAUUUCCUUGCCAGAUCAUAUGACUGUUCAAGUGCGAGCUAUUUCUAAUGUUUCGAAAGCGACUCUAGUCACCAUAGAACCCCAUAGUGAAGAUGAUUGGGAAGUUUUGGAGCUAAAUGCCGAGCAUGCUGAGGCAGCUAUAUUGAAGCAGGUUCGCGUUGUUCAUGAAGGAAUGAGAUUUCCUUUGUGGUUGCAUGGCAGCACUAUUGCUACAUUCCUUGUGGUUUCGACCUUUCCCAAGAACGCGGUGGUGCAACUUGGGCCAGGAAGUGAAUUUGCAGUUGCCCCAAAGAGACGGAUGGAAAAGGUGAACAAAUGUGAAGAUUCUUUGGUUCAAUAUUCUAAUGAAAAACAUCAAACCUCAAAGGCACUAUUGCGUGUUCAAGAUUCAGACAGAAGAUUCAUUCACAAAAGUGAUGUCAAAGGUGUUGAACUGGGUGUUGUGCUCACGACUGUUGUAUAUGUUCAUCCAGAAACAGCUAAAAAAUAUUCUUUGGAUUCUCUUCAGUUGGUUUCUAUAGUGCCAAGAUUAUCUUCAAAAGAGAGCAUAAAGAAUAACUACAAUGAUGUCUCGAGAACAAAAGGCAAUUCAACUCCAAAGGAAGCUGACAAUGAACCUUUAACUGGCAAUAAGGAAUCUCGUCAAGUAAUUGUUCGCAUAUUAGUUUCAGAUUCAGUGGCUAAAGGACAUGUAAUGAUAGCUCAACCUCUUCGUCUUUACUUGAGAGCAGGCCUCCACUCAUGGGUUUUCUUAAAGGAUUGCAACAUCCAUUUAAAGAAGGAUGUCACUUUGCUUUCACUUUGUCCUUGCCACUUUAAGUUGUCUGGGGAUAGCAAGGCUCUUGAGAAGAGUGGUUUAGAAAUUCUUGAAAACCGUAAGUCUGGAAGCAUUAUUCAACAACAUAGGAUGGAUGUUGUAAAUUGGUCUGUCCAUGACAAGGUCUUGGCUGCUCUUGCUUAUGAUUCUCCUUGUGAAAAGAAUGACGAGACAGAAUUCCAGCAGGAGAACAGGAAAGGCUUACAGCAUCUUCUACAUGCUUGGUUUCUUGCACAGCUUGAUGCUAUUAGCUCAUAUCCAGGAUUUUCUGAUUCAUUAAUUGUGGGAAAUGAAACUUUGAUUCAAUUUGAAGUGAGGGGAUGUGACUUUGGCAGUUCUGCGAAAGUACAAGUGUCAUCUGAUUCUAACAGUUUGAUAAACAGAAACAAGACCAGCGAAGAGCCAGUUGAACUUUUGUUUGUUAUGACUUUUCCUGAGGAUUUACAGCCUGGUGGACAAGUUGUUGGUUACAAGUUUACGUUUGGAAGAAACAAUGAUAAGUUACAAGGUCUAGAUUUGUUGGCUGAAAAGUUGAAAUUUGGUGAGCCUAUCUCCCUCUAUACUGUCAAAGAUAGAAAACCUGCCAAAAGCUUUGGUUCAAAUAUAUCCUCCUUGAACUGGAUGGGGACUUCUCCCUCUGAUGUGAUUAAUAGAAUAAUGGUCCUGUUAUCUCCUUCAUCUGGGAUGUGGUUCAGUACUUACAACCUUCCACUCCCUGGACAUGUUUUGAUAUAUGGACCUCCUGGUUCUGGAAAGACUGUAUUAGCAAGAGCAGUAGCAAAAUCCCUUGAAGAACAUGAUGACGUCUUAGCACACACAGUUUUUGUUGGUUGUUCUCAACUGGCUUCAGAAAAAGCCUCCACUGUGCGUCAGACACUUUCUAGUCAUAUAUCUGAAGCUUUGGAUCAUGCGCCUGCUCUUGUCAUCUUUGAUAACCUUGAUAGCAUUCUUUCAUCCUCCUCUGAUGCAGAAGGAUCUCAGCCUUCUACCUCGGUCACUGUGCUUACAGAAUUUCUCACGGAUAUUAUGGAUGAAUAUGCGGAAAAGAGAAAAAGUUUAUGUGGAAUCGGUCCCAUUGCCUUCAUAGCUUCUGUGCAGUCCCUCGAGAAGAUUCCACAGUCACUAUGCUCUUCAGGAAGGUUUGACUUUCAUGUACAACUGCCUGCUCCUGCUGCCUCAGAACGUGCAGCUAUAUUAAAGCACGAAGUGCAAAGGCGUUCGUUACAAUGUUCAGAUGGCAUCCUGCGGGAUGUAGCUUCCGAAUGUGAUGGAUAUGAUGCGUAUGAUCUGGAAAUAUUGGUUGAUAGAGCUGUUCAUUCUGCUGUUGGUAGAUUUUUACCUUUCCGUCAUGGUUUUGAAAAGCAAGAGAGGCCCACAUUAGUGAGGGAUGAUUUUACUCGGGCAAUGCAUGAGUUCCUUCCAGUUGCUAUGCGUGACAUUACCAAAACUGCUUCUGAAGGUGGUCGCUCUGGAUGGGAUGAUGUUGGUGGCCUGAAUGACAUUCGGAAUACAAUUAAGGAGAUGAUUGAAUUGCCGUCAAAGUUUCCUAAUAUCUUUGCUCAAGCUCCUCUAAGAUUGCGGUCAAAUGUUCUUUUAUAUGGUCCUCCUGGUUGUGGCAAGACUCACAUUGUUGGUGCUGCUGCUGCCGCUUGUUCACUGCGAUUUAUAUCAGUGAAAGGCCCAGAGCUGUUGAACAAAUACAUUGGUGCUUCUGAACAAGCUGUUCGAGAUAUAUUCUCAAAAGCAGCUAAUGCAGCACCAUGCCUUCUAUUCUUUGAUGAAUUCGAUUCUAUAGCCCCAAAGCGAGGGCAUGACAAUACUGGGGUAACUGAUCGGGUUGUUAAUCAAUUCCUAACCGAACUUGAUGGAGUUGAAGUUUUGACUGGUGUAUUUGUGUUUGCUGCAACAAGUAGACCUGAUUUACUUGAUGCUGCUCUGCUGAGACCUGGUAGGCUCGAUCGCCUUCUUUUCUGUGAUUUCCCAUCUCCACGUGAGAGGUUUGACAUCCUGACAGUUCUCUCUAGAAAGAUACAAUUGGCCGGAGAUGUCGAUUUGGAUGCGAUAGCUAGUAUGACAGAAGGAUUUAGUGGUGCUGACCUCCAAGCUCUUCUCUCGGAUGGACAGCUUGCUGCAGUUCACAAGUUCCUGAACAGUGCGGAUAACAAUGAACCUGGGAAAAUGCCAGUCAUAACUGACACCCUUUUGAAAUCUAUUGCUUACAAGGCUAGACCAUCAGUUUCAGAAGCAGAGAAGCAGAGAUUAUAUAGCAUUUACAACCAGUUCCUGGAUUCAAAGAGAUCAGUUGCUACACAGUCGAGGGAUGCGAAAGGCAAGAGGGCAACUCUAGCAUAACAAAUAGUGACGAAACUUAAGCCACGCCAGAGGAGGUGUUCCAGAUUUUGUGAUCCCAAUCAAGAACUCCCUUAAAGUCUUCAGAUGAUUUGAUCUCCAUUUGCUCUGCAACAAAAGGAUCCAAAUUUAGUUCCACAUGACAGAGAAAAACAAGAAUUGUAUUCAUCAAGAUUAUGUUGAGUUGAUAAAUGAUAAAUUACCAGAGAGGAUCUUCUGAUAUACGUCGGGUCUUUCUCCGAUGAAUUUCAUUGCAAAUGUAAGUGCUGUGGCUGUUGUGCUAUAACCAGCUGAAA